ACUCGACCCCCCACGGACGACACGCCUGCUCCUCCUCCGCCCCAUCUCCGCAUUCCCCUCCCCUUUUGAAACAAACACAGGCAGCGCGACAGAGAGAGACCGAAGCCCUUGACGGCGACUCACGACGGCGCGAUGCUCCAGAGGCUGGGCCUGCGCGGGAGCCCCAGCGCCGCGGCGGGCGACGCGGCGGCCGCCUCCCCCGCCUCCUCCCCCGCGGCGCCCGCCGCGGCGGGGGGCCUGGGCCGCCCGCUGCGGCUCGUCUACUGCGACGACAAGGGCAAGUUCGUCAUGGACCCGGAGGCCGUCGCCGCGCUGCAGCUCGUCAAGGGCCCCGUCGGCGUCGUCUCCGUCUGCGGCCGCGCGCGCCAGGGCAAGAGCUUCGUCCUCAACCAGCUUCUAGGGCGAAGCAGUGGUUUUCAAGUUGCAUCGACACACAAACCUUGCACCAAGGGACUUUGGAUGUGGAGUGCACCUUUGAAGAGGACUGGUCUUGAUGGAACUGAAUACAAUCUUGUAUUGUUGGACACUGAAGGCAUUGAUGCUUAUGACCAAACGGGCACCUACAGUAUCCAAAUAUUUUCGUUGGCUGUUUUGUUAUCAAGCAUGUUCAUAUACAACCAGAUGGGAGGGAUAGAUGAAGCCUCAAUUGACCGUCUUUCACUAGUCACAGAAAUGACAAAGCACAUACGGGUUAGGGCCUCAGGUGGAAGGUCCAGUGCCUCUGAACUUGGGCACUUCUCACCUGUCUUUGUUUGGCUGUUGAGGGACUUCUACUUGGACCUGUCUGAAGACAACAGAAAAAUUACACCAAGAGAUUACCUUGAACUAGCUCUAAGGCCUGUUCAAAGUGGCGGAAGAGAUGUAUCUUCUAAGAACGCGAUACGGGAGUCAAUCCGCGCUCUUUUUCCAGACAGGGAAUGCUUUACACUUGUGCGACCUGUGAACAAUGAGAAAGAUCUCCAGCGCCUUGAUCAACUUCCUAUGAAUACAUUUCGUCCAGAGUUUACAUCUGGCCUGGAUGCUUUCACAAAAUUUGUGUUUGAUCGCACAAGACCUAAACAACUUGGAGCUAGUACCAUGACAGGCCCCAUCCUUGCUGGGUUGACACAAUCAUUUCUUGAUGCGAUUAAUACUGGUGCAGUCCCGACAAUAUCUUCUUCAUGGCAGAGUGUGGAGGAAGCUGAAUGUCGUAGGGCAUAUGAUUCUGCUGUGGAUACUUACAAUUCUUCUUUUGACUGCAAAAAACCAGCAGAAGAGGAUGCUUUGCAAGAAGCACAUGAACGUGCAAUGAACAAGGCCAUUAGUGUUUUUAAUGCCUCUGCUUUUGGUGCUGGGUCAGCUCGUUCUAAAUUUGAAAAGCUUCUUCAGACUACUCUAAGGAAGAGAUUUGAGGAUUUUAAAAGGAAUGCUUUUCUAGAGGCCGAUUUGCAAUGUUCAAAUAAAAUACAGAGCAUGGAGUCAAAAGUGCGGGCAGCAUGUAACCGUCCUGAUUCAAAGUUGGAUGAUGUAGUCAGGAUCCUCGAUGGCCUCCUCAUGGAGUAUGAGGCGACUUCUUAUGGGCCGAAGAAAUGGACAAAGCUCGUUACAUUUCUGCAUCAGUGUUUGGCGGGCCCAAUGCUAGACCUUUUCAGAAAACAAUUGGAGCAUAUAGAUGCUGAAAGGAAUGCCCUGAGACUGAAAUGCAGUUCAAGCGAUGAUAAGGUAUCAUUGCUCAGGAAGCAACUAGAGGCAAGUGAGGGGCACAGAGCUGAGUAUUUAAGGCGCUAUGAGGAAACUAUCAAUGAUAAGCAGAAAAUGUCAAAGGAUUACUCUGUUCGAAUAGCUGAACUUCAAAACAAGGUUAGCAAGUUGGAUGAGCGCUGUCAGAGCUUGUCUUCUGCCCUUGAACAAGCAAAACGAGAAUGUGCUGAUUGGAAGAGCAAAUACGAUCACUGCAUUUCACAGCAGAAGGCAGAUGAAAGCAAGUUAAAAUCCCUGAUUGCUUCUCUGGAAUCUCGGGUAAGCAUCAGUGAGGGCAGAUUAUCUGCUGUACGAGAGCAGGCUGAAUCUGCUCAAGAG